GCCAGUGUUCUGUACAUAUGAAAAAGACAAGUUAGCGAAUUUGAGCAGUUCCAUCAGAUUUCCACUGUACUUGCAAUAUUGAUAGAAUCACCGUGAUAGCUAGCCAAUGGAGGCACAUUCAGCAGAAGUUAUUGUGAUAGGAACGGGUGUUGGGGGGUUGGCAGCUGCCAAGACAUACCUCGAACUCUCGCCUGAUACAGACCUGUUGUUGAUCGAGAAGCGACCAACACUGGGUGGAGUAUGGGCUGAAGAGAAUUGCUAUGAGGGUCUGAAGACCAACAAUCUGAAAGGCACAUAUGAGUUUACCGAUUUCCCCAUGGACGCCAAGUAUGGAGUGAAAGAUAACGCGCAUAUCCCAGGCUUUGUGCUACACCAAUACUUCAAUGACUUUGCCGACCACUUCGACCUGCGUCGGCGCAUUCACUUCAAUACCCGAGUUUUUGAGGCUGAAAAGCUCGAGACUGGCUGGAAGUUAAACGCAGAUACCAGUGAUGGACGAUCUAUAGUGUACUCUUGCGACAAGCUUAUUGUCUGCAGCGGAUUGGCAUCCAACCCGAAUCCGAUUACGAUGCGCGGCCAGGAUGAAUUCGGAAAGCCCGUCUUGAACCAUUGUCAGCUUCGUGAGCAAGCCGCAAAGAUUGCAGAAGAUCCCAAUGCAGAGUCCGUAACCGUGGUGGGGGCUUCUAAGACUGGAUACGACGCUGUGCAUCUGAUGGCCUCGCAUGGCAAGAAGGUUGAAUGGAUUAUCCGAGAGUCUGGAGGAGGUGGUGUUUGGAUGACUUUGCCUUGGGUUAAUCUGGGAUUGGGUGAAACUAAGCUAGAAGAUCUGGCUACUUGUCGCUUCUUCACUUGGUUUAGUCCCUGUAUAUGGGGGGAUUUUGAUGGAUACACUUGGAUCCGGAAGAUGCUUCACAGAACCAGGGUAGGCAGAUACCUGGUACAUUCAUUUUGGGAGAAGAUGCGCAUGGAUGUGAUUGCAACCAACGGAUAUCGCAAAGAAGAGCCUUUGAAGCACCUGGAGCCACAAGAAAGUCUCUUCUGGUCAGCCCGUGUUGGCAUUCUAAACUAUCCAAGCGAUAUCCAUGAAUACCUCCGUUCCGGGCAAGUUACGAUCACUAAGAAAGAUAUCUCUCACCUGUCCAGCCAGGGAAAGGUGAACUUUCCAGACGGCACCAGUCUGAAAACCGACGCCCUGAUUGCAAUCACCGGAUGGAAGCUAGCUCCAACCAUCAAAUAUAAGCCCGAGGGCAUCGACUCUAGCCUAGGUAUACCUAGCAGCACCCUAUCAUCGGACGACGAGGCAUUUUGGGGAAAGUUAGACGGUCAGGCCGACAAAGAAAUCUUGAACAAAUUCCCCUACCUUCGCAACCAACCAGGCCAAAAGAUUCCGUAUACCCAGAGCGUUAGCCCAUUCCGCCUUUACCGUGGUAUUGCGCCUCCAGGGCUGACAGAAAAGUCGGACCAUUCACUGGCCUAUGUCAAAAUGGUCCACAGCACCUCUAAUAUUAUCCUUGCAGAGACCCAAGCUCUAUGGGUUUACGCUUACUUGAACGGCAAACUCGACAUCAACCGCGAGGAUGUGUACCAUCAGACUGCACUAUCAAGUAGGUUUGGCAAGCAUCGCUACCCGUGCGGGUUCUCAUCUUGGUGGCCAGAAUUUGUGUAUGACGCCAUUCCAUAUGCCGAUAUGCUGUUGAGUGACGUGGGCGUGAAGAGCAGGCGGAAGCCUACCAUGAGGCAGGAGAUGUUCGAGGGAUACACGAUCCAUGAUUAUAAGGGGAUCAACCAGGAAUGGAAGAAGGCGCAGGAGAUGAAGGGGAAGAAUUGA